AUGCACGCAAGUUUCUGUUGCCGCACGGAAUUAGGAGAACUAGUAGAGUUCACUCACCUUCCCAUGGGCUAUAAAUGUAGCCCUGAGAUUUUAAACACUAUUACAAGAGUAUUCUCCGGCGAACCGGAAUUGGUAAUGCCACAGUAUGCGGCACCCAAAAAGUUAAAAAUACAAGUUUGGAUUGAUGACACCAGAAUCAGUGGUCCAUAUGGUAAGGUGAAAGCUUGGGGAGAGCAAGUCUUGCAUAAUAUGCAAAAAAUGCGGGGCCACCAUAGGAGAGCAGAAGUUUCAAACGAAAGAAUACGAUUUCAUCGGGGUGCACUUCAACCACGAGGACAACACGAUUUCUUUAAGCCAAAAGACAUUAAGAAGGUUGAGAGGGACACCGUCGCUGGAAAAGAUGACGGUGAAAGAAUUGGAGAGUACGGUUUCACGCAUGAUGUAUGCAGGGGGCGUAAGGAACGAAUCUGCUUUUCCUCAUUACUUCUUCUUAAAGAUAGUGCGUCGACGCUUAUCAAGUUUAAAUCGAGGUUUAUUGCAACCCCAAAACCAGGCAAAUUUACCAUCCAAUGCGAAGGUCAUUGGGGAUAA